AUGGAACCUUCGCACGCUUCCAACAGCCCGGACCCUAGACGGACGGCCAUCAGCCGCCGCACCCGGAUCGGUACGGCUGCUGAGACGGGCGGCAGCCCCAAGGAGGAUGCUACGAGCUGGCACCGCUACGUGCGGGCUCCCCGAGCCCCGCGGGCUCGUCAGGGAGGUAAGCCGACCAUCCUGAUUCGGAAAGACGAGGCGGACGAGGUGCCGAGCAUCGUGGUGGAUUUUGGCAUGAAUACGGUUGGUAUUCUGUCGAUUGAGUUUGCGGGGGCCGAAAGCGACGGGGAUGGGCUGCCGGGGCUGCGGCUCGCUUUCUCGGAGACGUUGCAACAUCUUUCGUCUACGAGUGAUUUCUCGCGAUCUUACAACGCUCGGAGAGGGUCCGCAGACCGUCUCACGCCAGGGACGGAUCAGAUCGCGGUCAGGGGUGAAAAGUACACCUGGACCAACCAGCUGGGCUGCGAGGAAUCCGGCCAAGUGUGCGCGGACGGCCUGCACGGCUUUCGCUACCUUCGCAUCUCCCUAGACACCCUAAAGGAGGAUGCGCCCUUUACCGUGGCCCGGGGCUCCGUAGCGAUCUCAUCGAUCUCGCUGCGGGUCUCGGCGUUUCAAGGGACGCCGGAUACGUUUACGGGUACUUUUGAAUGCUCGGACGAGGACCUGACCCAGUGGUGGUACGACGGCGUGUACACCAACGACCUUUGCACGGAUACGUUCCGCGCCAACGAUACGGAACCCCGGGGCGCGGCUAGCGACACACUUACGGGGAAGCUCGUGCUUCACGACGGGGCCAAGAGAGAUCGGGAUCCGUACGUGGGCGACCUAGCCGUCGCUGCGCUCACCACGUACUUAUCGCACGACACGAGUGAAGCUGUCCGAAAUGUCCUGGCGGACCUGGCAGACCACCAGCGGCCCGCUCGGCACGGGGGCUACGGUGACUACGGCUUCAUCCGACGCACGGGGCCAGUCACGUACUACAACGCCCUCUACGUCUACGCGCUGCGGCUAGCGGCGAUCCUCGCCAAGUCGCUCGACGCCGCGGACGCGACCACGCUCGCCCACGACGCGGAGAGAUGGCUCGUCCGGGCCGACGCUAUCAGCGCCGCCCUCAACGAACACAACUUUGAUCACAACGAAGACCUCUUCUUUGACGGCAAGUGCAGCCGGGGCGAGGUGUACUGCCCCACGCACGCGCAGGACGGGAACAGCCUGGCCAUCAUCGGGGGCGUCGUGGGUAGGGGUACCAACGGCAGCCACCCGAGGGCGACAGCCCGGGGAUCCUGGAGCGGUGGAGCGACAUUGCGGAGCGAGUGGGGCAACGCCUUUUACAGCAACUCGUUCAUCCAGGGCGACUUUGGCGACCGAACCUACGCCUUCAUCUCGUAUUUUGAGAUUGCCGCGCGCUUCGAGACGGGCAUGACGGACUCGGCGCUGGAGGAGAUGAGGCGGCUUUGGGGGUACAUGGCGCGGCGGGACCCGGGCGUCACGUUUUGGGAGGGGAGCGACCCCCGCUACAACCAAGACUCGUUCAAGAGCAUGGCCCACGGCUGGUCCACGGGCGUGGUGGCGCUCCUCACGCGGUACGUACUAGGCGUCACGCCCGAGGGACUCGGCUUCGCCCCGUGGAAGGUCAAGCCCCGCGCGGGAGACCUCUGGUGGGCGAGGGGCACCGUGCCCGUGCCCGGUGGCAGCGCGGAUCGUGGCAUCCGUGUCGCGUGGAGCCGUGCCGAGUCCGGUGCCUUUUCCCUCCAGGUGGCAGCGCCUGAGGGCUUGGACCGGGGAAUCGUGGCUGUUCCCGUGGGGGCGGGCCGGGGGCGUUUCCAUCUAUUGGACGUCCUUACCGAGCUCUUGUGGGUAGAUCUAGGGGACGUCGUGCAGUACCCACGCCGGUACUCCACUCGGAAGUGCUACAUGUACGCAUUUAAAGUAAGGUGGUUGAACGAUAAGGUAAAGCAGACGAGUAACCUCCCGCAACUGUUUGUGGAUCACUCGACGUUCAGAACGUUCAAAUGGGACCAGACCACCGACGAGUAG